GUAUGGGUUCAAGAGGUGAACUCGGUGAAUGAGAUAACCAGCGAUUUUGACAUGGAUAUCUACGUGACAGAGCUAUGGAUGGAUCACGCCUUACGAUAUGAUCAUAUGAACCCAUGUAAAUACAACCUUUCACUGAAUUAUGAGAUUCUUGAUCAGAUUUGGAAGCCGAACACGGUGUUUAUUAACAGUAAAACGGCUCACAUCCACAAAUCUCCGUUCAAAAACGUUUUUCUUAUGGUAUAUCCGAAUGGCACCGUAUGGGUAAACUAUCGGGUUCAAGUGAAAGGGCCAUGUUCGAUGGAUUUUAGUGCUUUUCCUAUGGAUCGUCAAUCAUGUCAUCUAACGCUGGAAUCAUUCAGCUACAACAACAAAGAGGUUGACAUGCAAUGGGCAAAUUGGACGGAUUCGUUGAUUCUUUUGAAAAAAGAGAUAGUCCUUCCCGAUUUUGUGCUCAGCAACUAUUCAACCAGUAUUGAACAACAGAUCUAUCCUGCCGGAGUUUGGAAUGAAUUGACAAUGACAUUCGUGUUCAGCCGUCGAUACGGGUGGUACAUUUUUCAGGCCUAUAUUCCUACUUACCUCACCAUUUUCAUCAGUUGGAUAAGUUUUUGCCUUGGUCCGAAAAUGAUUCCUGCACGAACAAUGCUCGGAGUCAACUCACUAUUAGCACUAACAUUUCAAUUUGGAAAUAUUAUGCGAAAUCUGCCACGUGUUAGUUAUGUUAAAGCGCUUGAUAUUUGGAUGUUAGUAUGUCUAACGUUUGUAUUUUCGUCCCUGCUCGAACUUGCUGCGAUAGGUGCCAUGGGAGCGAAAAUGGAGAGAAAAAACGCUGCUUCUACUGAGCGUUCUCGCUCCUCUUCAUGUGCCUCGCCGAGAAUCUGUCGUAAUCAUGUUCAAGCGGAUUCCCCGCAUGGAUUUCGAACUUACGGUACAACAGAUCCACGAAUGAGAAAGAAGAUGCUCCUAACAACUUCGAGAACGGUUUCACGAACAUCCAAAGAAGUUGUACAGACACCGGAGAAAAUGCUUCUGCUGGAUAGUUGUGAGGACAAGCCGUUUGUACCGCCGCCAACAAGAAGAGAAUGGUCGACAGAUCGUAUCGAUAGGAUGAGCAUGGUGGCGUUUCCCGGAUUGUUCACUCUCUUCAACAUCAUCUACUGGUCCUACUAUCUCAUUUUAAGCGAAUAA